AUGGGAUCACCCAAACUCAACGAAAUUUUCAGACGUGAUAAAAAUCGGCCAAAUUUAAAAUCUUCACUGGGUGGUAGUUGGAUACUAAAUACUUGGGUUUUAUUGCCAUUGCUACUAAUAUCCAUACUAGGUGGUCAGUUGUUACGGAGACCCAUACAGUCGAUAGCUGGUGAUUCUGAACAUUUUAUUCAAUUAAUUGUGGCAAUUAUUCGUGUGGUAAUUAAGGUUAAACAUGUAAAACAAGAUAGUGGAUUGUUCGGUUAUAGCAAUAUUGAAGAUGCAUCUGGACAUUGGGAUUGGCUAUGGCCGUAUAUGGUGCCAUAA